AGGAGAGAAUCGGAGAGUAGGUAUUAGGAUGAUGGUGAUAAUGAAUAUGCUGUUAUCGGCGUACUUCAGAGACCUGUCAGUGAUGCACGGAUGAAACGAUGCAACGUGGGAAAGAAACAUUUUAAAUCGUUAUUAUUGUGUUGGCUAUUUCCACAAUUUAUUCUAAAUGGCGACCGAAUGCACAGAACAAGCCGUCCUGGAGUUCCUAACGGAGAGAGGAGGGUUGGUCAGACAUAUGGACCUGAUUGAUCAUUUUGAAUCCGUGUGGAAAAGUGAUGCGUCAAAGAAAGCACUGUUCAAUGAAAGGUUGAACCGUCACGUUGACAGCGUUGCUUUCAUAAAACUGGAGGAUGGAGUGAAAUUCGUGUGUUUGAAGGAAAACAGCACAAGCUCCGUGAAGCAUACAGACCCUGGCAACGAUGGAGAGAGUAACGGUAACGGGGUGUGUGGUAGGGACCGCCCACUAUCUGAAUCUGGAGAACGGGAUGGGAGCAGCAAUGUCAGCCGAGAUGGAAACGGACAUUCUAGUGAUAAAUGUGAUCCACCUGAAAAAGACUCAAAUGCACCCGAAGCCCUAUCUUGGCUUGAUAAUGGCAUGGAAUCAAACGGUAAUCUUCAUCAUCCAUGCUGCCUAGAGGAAGGUAAAGUUAGUGAUGUUACCUCAGGUGGAGUCACAGAGGUGAAGCUUAGAGAAGUUAGUGAUGAUACCUUCUCAGGUGGAGAGGUGAAGCUAAGAGAAGUUAGUGAUGAUACCUUCUCAGGUGGAGAGGUGAAGCUAAGAGACAGGAGGAGGAGAGAGUCAGCUCCAGCACUGGGGACAGACUCAAUUGUUUUGGCUGGACAGGUGCAGGUGAGGGGAAGUAGGAGGACCUCCCGGGGCUCCCAGAAGGCUCUGCUGACCAGCGCUCUGUCAGAGGACGGUGGGUGGGAGGGACUGGAUGGAGACUGGAACACCCCCAAGAGCAGCCGCAGGAACUUCAUAGAGCUGAUGAUGAGCAGUUCCCCACAGGUACGUCGGUCUCUGAUCAACCGCGGCUCUCGUCUCAGAGACUCUGUCAGGAGCGACGGUGAUUCCACCUCUCUCCUGUCGUCUGCAGACGGGGACUGUGUCUCAGUGGCCCUGGACCCCCUGGAGCACGAGUGGAUGCUGUGUGCCUCGGACGGCCAGUGGGACAGUCUGUAUCCGCUGCUAAUCCUGGACCCCAGCCUGCUGACCAAGAGGGACUUUGUGACGGGCUUCUCCUGCCUCCACUGGGCUGCCAAGCAGGGCAACGAGGAGCUGUUGACACAGCUACUGGAGCAUGCCAAGCAGAACAAUGUCCCUGUGGAUGUUAAUGUACGCUCUAGUGCUGGGUACACUCCCCUUCACCUGGCUGCUAUGCAUGGACACACACAGGUGGUGCAUGUGCUGGUAGACCAGUGGUCUGUAGACCCAGAGGCCAGAGACUACAGCGGGAGGAGAGCUGGCCAGUACCUUCCCCCUGGAGCCCCCUGUACUGCAGCCCUGGAGCCAGGGGGUGGGACCAGCCCUGUAGGAGGAGGAGAAUCAGACACGGAGAACGCAGACAGUGGGGCACAAGGGCGGUGGAGAUUACCCAGAGUUCUCCAGUCCAACCUGAACCCACUGAGGCUGCUGAACGGAUCAGGGGAGGGGGGAGAGGUGAGGGGAGGGGGGGCAGGAAGGAGCAAGGCUGUUCAGAGGAAGUCAUCUCUGAGUCGGAUCAACGCACGGCUCCACCGGGGACGCCAUAAGACCCAGAUCAUCCACAGCACCUCCUUCAGAGGGACGGGGGAGGGAGUGGAGGAGGGAGGAAGGGGGGAGACCAGCCCAACCAGCCCCCUCAAAGGCAGACCAAUUUCCAAUCUGUUUGGAUAAGUCACUGCAGUGUUAGAAUCGCACAUGCAGUAACAGAUCAAAAGUGGCCCUAAUAACCAGCCUACUGAUUAUGAUACCAUUAUGACAUGGGAUCUAGUACUAAGGGCCCAGUUUCCACCCAACACAUAUUACAUUUAGUCCUGGACUAAAAAACAUGAGUAUGCUUUUCCAUCCAGGUGUAGGCUUAACCUGGGUCUGGGAACUGUAGGCCUACUUUCAACUUUAGAUUUGGCACCGUUUACUAGUCACUAGGAAAUUAAUCCCAGAAAAUAUUGCGUAAUUUGGUCAGAUGCUCAUACCGUUUAUGUUUCUGUAAUCUGUCCACAAGAGAUUACUGAGAAAUAGAUCUGGGAUCAUUUUACUGUACGAAAAAUGUUCACUCAAUAGAUCUGAAUCCUGUGGGGAUUUAAGGUGCUGCUUACAGUAAUUACCUCAACAUAAUUCUUUAAUAUAUUUAACAUAAUUAUUUAACUUCUACAGUUAUUAUAAAGACAAGUCAAAAUAACCACUGAACAUCUUCAACACGAAUCUCGAUGUAACUGCACAUGUCACUUUGGAGGUUUAACCAGAAUGAAAUAGGUGAGUCUAUAACCUAUGGAUUGUGUAGAUGUUUUACCAGCAGUAAAGUUAGAAAAACUCUGCACAUGUUAAGUUACAUUCGCUAGACUGUGAAUGGUCUAUUCCUGAAAUGGUCAGGAAUAGAAAAAGAAAGGGUCAGAACUCCUAGAAUUGAGAUGGGGGAAAAGGAGUCCCCAUGUCAAAAAGAAAGGGUCAGAACUCCUAGAAUUGAGAAGGGGGAAAAGGAGUCCCCAUGUCAAAAAGAAAGGGUCAGAACUCCUAGAAUUGAGAAGGGGGAAAAGGAGUCCCCAUGUCAAAAAGAAAGGGUCAGAACUCCUAGAAUUGAGAUGGGGAAAAAGGAGUCCCCAUGUCAAAAAGAAAGGGUCAGAACUCCUAGAAUUGAGAUGGGGGAAAAGGAGUCCCCAUGUCAAAAAGAAAGGGUCAGAACUCCUAGAAUUGAGAUGAGGGAAAAAGGAGUCCCCAUGUCAAAAAGAAAGGGUCAGAACUCCUGGAAUUGAGGAGGGGGAAA